UUUUCUUGUCAAUCUUAUAGGCCCCACCUACCACAUUAGUUUCACUUUCAAGUUUAAUCAGGUCUGAGUUUACUUCCUCACCCAGGCCUCAGGAAGUGGCAGCUACAACCGGACUAGCAGUAAAUAUAUGACUGUCCAACUUGGGAAGCUUGUGGAAAAAUUCCAGACCAACGUUUACUUGGUGGACAUAUUCCACGCAAAAUCUCAGAAGAUUUGUAGUAUAAUAUGAGCAAAGCCCAGAACAGGCACCCCUGGGCCUUAGAAAGAGAGAAAGAACCUGCCAAGGAAUAGACAUCAUCGAGAAAGCGUUCUGUGUGGCUCCAAGAAACGUCUUGUUUGUGUGAGGAAACAGCCUAUCUGAUCCAAUACUGAAGUUGUUCAAGAAAAAUUAUGGCCUCAGCCACUAGCUCCAAGAAGAUGAGGGAGGAAGCCAACUGUUCCAUUUGCCUAAACCUGAUGACUAACCCAGUGAGCAUUGAUUGUGGCCACAGCUACUGCCACUCAUGUAUAAUGGAAUUCCUUAAGAAGUCAAGCUGCAAUCAGCUGAUGCUGAAGGUAUUCUACUGUCCCCAGUGUCGAGCCCCAUUUCACACAGAUAGCCUCCGUCCCAACAAGCAGCUCGGAAACCUCAUUGAAGCCAUUAAAGAGAUGGAUCAUGAAAAGUCAUGUGAAGAACAUGGAGAACCACUCCAACUGUUCUGUGAAGAUGAGGGCCAACUCAUCUGUUGGCGCUGUGAACGGACACCAAAGCACAAAGAUCACACCACAGCUCUGGUUGAGGAUGUAUGCCAGGACUACAAGGAAAAGCUCCAGAAAUCUGUGACAAACUUGAAGAAACUGGAAGAGGAAUGUAUAGACAUGAAGGUGUCCACAGCUUUGCAGAUAACUGAAUGGAAGGAGAAAAUACAGAUUCAGAGACAAAAAAUCCACUCUGACUUUAAGACUCUCCAUAGUUUCCUGCAUGACGAGGAGAAGUUUUACCUCUGGAAGCUGGAGCAAGAAGAAGAGCAGACUCUGAAGAGACUGAGGGCCCAGGAGGCUGAUCUGGAGCAGAAGAGCCAUGAAAUCAAGAGCUACAUCCUGGAACUGGAGGAAAAAUGUCAGGGUUCAGCCCAGAAUUUAUUAGAGGAUGUGAAAGAUACUUUGAGCAGGAGUUGGGCUGUGAAGCUGGAAACACCAGAGGUCUUUUCCUUAGAGCUUCAUACUACGUGCAAUGUCUCUGAGCUUUACUUUGAUGUGAAGAAAAUGUUAAGGAGCUAUCAAGGUAUGUGAACUGAAGAAUUCCUAAAUGAUGUGAUGGAAGGAUUCUUAAGCAAUAACCAACUUUACCAGCUGUUCCUGGGCAGGCUCACAAGCAGACAAGUUGUGCAGUUAUUUUUAGUAGAGCCAUUGUAUGAUCCUGGUGCUUACAUGUGAGCACUGUAUACUGGUUAUCUGUGCAAACUCUUCAAAUUCCUGUUCUCCCUCUAUUAUUUUAUUCUAGGUAACUUCACAUUACUCAGUUUGCCAAUCUGAAAAAUUAAAACAUUCACAGCUCCCAUUUCAUUAGGUUGAAAAUAAAAUGAAAAUAAAAUUCAUCAGCAUGUGUGAAGUACUUAGCGUGUCUGGCACAUAUUUAGGGCCAUGUUAUGGCAUUAAACAUAUGGUAUUUAGUGUUAGUAUCUCAGCCAACUCUUAGCACAAUGAGAGAAAGGUCAGUAAGUAUUAUGGACUGUUUUCAAAAUGAUUUUAGGAAUUUGAGUCAGAUAGCCCAGACAAUAAAUGUUAGAACCAUGACAAAAACUAUUUUUCUUAUUCCAAAGCCUGAGUUUCUUGAUUUUUAUUAGAAAUAAUACAAGUAAAAUUUAAUCAAACAGUAUAGGGUAUAUAAAGAAAAAGUUGAAGGUUUCUCCCUCUCUCCUCCAAUUCAAUUUUUCCAAGUAAUGAGAUAUAUCUUUCCCUAUGUUUCUAUAAAUAUGUAGUAUGUAGAAUGCCUCUUCUGUAUCACUCAUUACUUUUUAAAGCUGCCUAAUAUUCCAUCAGCAUACCAUAAAUACAUAUAACCAUAUUCCUACUGAUUGAGCUUCAGGCUGUUUCCAGCACUUGGGUAUUACAGCAGUGUUGCAAUUAGUCUGUACACCCUUAUAUCCUGCUGCUUUCAUUUCUGUUGGACACAUUCCUAAAUCUGAGAUUGCUAGGAUUGCUGUUGAUCUUGACACAUGGAACCAGAUUAUUUGCUUCAAGGCAGCAACAUGUACUCUCACCAGUACCAAGAACUAUGAUUUACAUGCACUGAACAUUCUGUCAAAUAUUAGAAAAACUCUACAUGUGGUAUCUUGUUUUAUACCACUGUCCUUUUUCAGAGAGCAUUUUUACUUUAUAUAUGAGAAAACUACGACACAGGGAGGGUUAAAGUGACUUGUAGAAUCCCACAGAGAACAGUAAUUCAAACAGUCUCUCUAGAAGCCUCUCUCAACCACUCUUCACUGUGGCAAAAAGUAAUACAAAGUGUUAUUACUCCAUUGUCUUGUGGAGUAGGUAUUGAAGCUGUUUAAAGUUAGUUUUUGUCUGUUCCUAUAUAAACACUACUGCUGUGAACAUUCUUAUUCACGUUUCCUUGAAGUUUCAUUUAGUGAUAUACCUUGGUGUGAAAUGCUGGUGUGAGGGAUGCACAUUAUAAUUUUACUAAGUAACUAUAGAUCUGGAAAAUGCACCAAUUUAUAUCCCACCAGUAACAAGAGUUCCCACUGCUCUGUAACUCCCUGAGUUUUUAUUUAUAAUUUCUGAUGAGGAUUUGAAAUGGCACCUAACUAUGGACUUAAUUUAUGUUUGGACUUAAUUUAUGAUUUCACUAGUGAGGGUGAGAUUCUUUUUGUAUGUCCAUCAGCCCUUCGGGUUUCUUGUGUGAUAUAUCCGUGAUUUACUGUGCUUUAAGAAUU